UAAGCUGUAAGGAGAGUGAGGUAGUGCGGUAACUGCUCAUACGGCCAGACUUGCAAUGAUGUAGACUUCGCACUAAGUUCUACAAAAACGAAAAUGUACAAUCAACAAUUAAGAGGUCAUUUUAAAUAGGCUGUGUUGAUUACAUCCAAAUAAUCCCUCUUUGGGGGCGUAUCAAGUUGGGGUUUUUAUUGUUUACUCUAUGUGGUCGGCUUAUUGGCGCCUAAAUUUAAACAGCUGUCCUUCAUUUUGUAUUGUUCGUUAAUUGUAUUGUGAGGCGUGUUGAUUAUUUAUUACUGUACAAUAUUUUGUAUUUCUCUAAACCUUUAGAGGUUAUGUUUUUAGUGAUAAACAAACAAAAAAGCAGUGCACCAACCUACAGAGUUGACUAGCCUAUUCACUCUCAGUGACUGCUUAGCAGGCAUAACUUUCAAGUGUUACUGUAAUUUAUUACGAUGAAGUUUAGAGCGAAAAUGUCUGAAGUAUUUUGCAUGAGAACAUUAUCAAGUAUUGUAUCAACGAUAUCAAAGCUAACAAAGCUGUGUGUGCUGAGGCUAUCGAAAGAUUAUUUCUACUUUAUUGUUCUCGAAGAAAGUGCUUUGCCACUUCGAACAUCUGUUUGGUGUAUGAUGCAACAAGCUCAUUUUUUUAACGAAUAUAAAUUAGUUGGCCCACCAGAGGAUGAAAGUGAAAUCUAUCUUGAGUUGUCACCAGAUUUACUAGCAUCAUCUCUAUCAUCUUUAAGAGUUAAUGUGAGUGCUGCAAAAACUAUGAAGAUAAAACUGACUCACAAGGAUACACCACGUUUAACUUUAGAAAUUGAAUUGCCAACACAGACAAGUCAAUCACGUCUGUGCAUGCACGAGGUACCUGUCCAUGUAAUUCCGCACAGAAGAUGGGGAGACUACGCAGAACCUCCAACAUUGGAUCCUGAUAUCAGCAUUGAGAUGCCAAACCUGAAGAUCUUGAGAAACAUAACGGAGAGGUUGAAGAAACUACACAACUACUUAAACGUGGUUGCGAGUUCAGAAGGGAGGUUGACACUGAACGUGGAAACCAGUAUGGCCUCAGUCUCAACGCACUUCAGGGACCUAGAAGUCUUUAAAGUUAAUGACACAAAACCUGGCCCAUUCAUCACAAGGGUGGAUGUCCGCAAGUUCUCAAACUUCAUGACUUGUGAGCAAGUGAGUCCCACCAGAGUAAUUUGCCACAUGAGAGAUGGUGCGAGUAUACAUCUGCGAGUAGAACACAGCGAUAUGACACUCAGUUUCUUCCUUACUGGAGUUGACGAGUAGUACAACAGUACAGUUGUUUAUGUCAUACAGCGAUUAAAUAAUUGUAAUUAAUAAAGGAUUUUUUAUUAUUUUAAUUUUGUA